ACCUGCUGGUGGACCUGCUGGUGGACCUGCUGGUGGUGCUGCUGGUGGACCUGCUGGUGGACCUGCUGGUGGUGCUGCUGGUGGACCUGCUGGUGGACCUGCUGGUGGUCCUGCUGGUGGAUGCUGCGUGUGUUCUGUGUCUACGUCACGUGUUCCUUGUGUUGUUGAUCAGAUCACAUGGUGUUGUCCAUCAGAAUGAGCUGUGCUCAUGAAAUAACUGGACCAGCACUCAGGAGAGGAAGGAAUGCUGGGCCAGGGCAGGGAUUUCGGGAGAUUAGUUGGUUUAGUGAGACAGAACAAAAGUGCAGAGAAAACACACCAGAGCAUCCAGAGAGCAUCCACAAGCCUCCAGAGAGCAGAGAGCAUCCAGAGAGCAUCAAGAGAGCAUCCAUAGAGCAUCCACAUAGCCUCAAGAGAGCAUCCAGAGAGCAGAGAGCACCCAGAGAGAAUCCAGAGAGCAGUCACAGAGCAGAAAGCAUCGACAGAGCAUCCAGAGAGCAUCCAGACCAGGUGACGCGGAGCAGGAAGCGUCUCCACCUGUCUCGCAGCGUGACUCACCUGGACGUGGGGACCAGAAGCUUCUCUGGGCGGAGCUUCAUUUAAGAGUCCCCCACGUUGUCCAGCGGUGGCAGAGAGAAGAGAUCACACCUGGUUUACCUCCUCAUCACCACCUCUGUCCUCAGAUGGCAGAGGAGUGAGACCCCGACGAAUGGCGUCCACAGGGGUCGGCCUCCGCAUCCAGGGGGACGACAACCUCCAGUCCAUGCUGGUGGGCUCCGUCAUGAGGAAGAUCAAGUCUCGGACCUGGAAGAAGCAGCGCUACUUCAAACUGCAGGACGACUGCAUGACCAUCUGGUACAAGUCCAAGAAGGCUGGGAACACCCACUCCACAUUUUCAGUGAGCGAUGUGGAGGCCAUACGGGAUGGGCACCAGUCCGAGGUGCUCCUCAGCCUCGCUGAUGAGUUCCCGGCCGACCGAUGCUUCACACUGGUCUUCCGCGGUCGGCGGGGCAACCUGGACCUGGUGGCCGAGUCAGCCGAGGAGGCCCAGUCCUGGAUCCGAGGCAUGAGGACGCUGAUCGAGACCCAGGAGAACAUGGGGGAACGGGAGAAACUGGACCAAUGGAUCGGCGACUGGUUCCGGAAGGCAGACAAGAACAACGACGGCCGGAUGAACUUCAAGGAAGUGCAAGAUUUGCUGAAGAUGAUGAACGUGGACAUGAACGAGCACCACGCCCACCAUCUGUUCACAAUGGCCGAUAAGUCCCAGUCGGGUUCCCUGGAGGACGAUGAGUUUGUGCUCUUCUACAAGAUGUUGACCCAGCGGGAGGAUGUUCUGAGGGUUUUCCAGGAGUACUCGGUGGAUGGACAGAAGUUAUCCCAAAGUGACUUGCAAGACUUCCUGAGAGAGGAGCAGCUGGACAGGAUGGACAUCCAGCAGCAAGCCAAGCAGCUCAUUGAGCGCUACGAGCCCUCUGACACAGCCAAGCUGCUGACCGCCAUGACGUUCGACGGCUUCUUGAUGUACCUGGGUUCAGCCGAGGGCUCCAUCUUCAACCCACAGUGGCGCGGUGUCUUCCAGGACAUGAGCCAGCCCCUGUGCCAUUACUUCAUCUCCUCCUCCCACAACACCUACCUGAUGGAGGACCAGCUCCGAGGGCAGAGCAGUGUUGAGGGGUACAUCAGGGCUCUGAGUCGUGGCUGUCGGUGUGUGGAAGUGGACUGCUGGGACGGGGCCAACGGAGAGCCAAUCGUCUACCACGGACACACCUUCACCUCCAAGAUACUCUUCAAGGACGUGGUCACCGCAGUGGGCAACUACGCCUUCAAGGUGUCGGAGUACCCAGUCAUCCUGUCCAUGGAGAACCACUGCAGUGUUGAGCAACAGAGAGUCAUGGCCCAACACCUCGACCACAUCCUCGGUGACAAGCUGCUGAAGAGCACGCUGGAGGGCAAGGCCUCCGUCAGGCUGCCGUCUCCUGAGGAUCUCAAGUGGAAGAUUCUCCUGAAGGCCAAGAAGAUCGGUGGUCUGGAGGAGAGUUUCAACGGGGCGGGCGAGGACUCUCAGACCGGAGAGGUCAGCGAUGAAGACGAGGUGGCUGAAAUCAACGAAGAUCACCUCCACCGCGAGAGCGUCUGUCGCCGGGUAAAGAAGUCAAAGCAGCGUCUGUCCAAGGAGCUCUCCGACUGUGUUGUUUACUGCAAAAGCGUCCACUUCAGUAACUUCAAACAAGCCCGCAUCCACUCCAAGUUCUACGAGGUGGCUUCUUUCACGGAGUCCAAGGCCCGCAAGCACCUGAGAGAGGCUGGGACGGAGUUCGUGCACCAUAACUCACGUCAGCUGACCAGAGUUUAUCCCAGUGGCUUCCGAACUGAUUCCUCCAAUUUCAACCCUCAGGAGAUGUGGAAUGCCGGGUGCCAAAUCGGUAAAUUUGCGUUGAACUUCCAGACAGCCGGGGAGGGGAUGGAUCUGAACGACGCUCUGUUUGGUCUGAACGGCGGCUGUGGCUACGUCCUGAAGCCCAGUUUCAUGAGAGAGGGCGAGAAGAGAUUCGACCCUGAGGUACCCCAACAGAGGGACGGCUACCAACCUGUGGUCCUCACCAUACAGGUGAUCAGCGGUCAGCAGCUGCCCAAAGUCAACAUCAAAGAAGGCUCCAUCGUGGAUCCUCUGGUCAGAGUGGAGAUCCACGGGGUCCCGAUGGACCAGGCCAAGCAGGAGACCAGAUACAUCGAGAACAACGGCUUCAACCCCGUGUGGUACGACACGCUGCGCUUCACCCUGCAGCGCCCUGAUCUGGCCAUGGUGCGCUUCGUGGUGGAGGACCACGACAAGACGACGAGGAACGACUUCCUGGGCCAGUUCACACUGCCGCUGCACUGCAUGCAGCAGGGCUACCGUCACAUCCACCUGCUGUCCAGAGAUGGAACCCGGAUCCCUCCGUCCUCUCUGUUCGUGCACAUCAGAAUCUCAGAGCUGGGAUGAUCCUCCUGGAGGAGAGACCAAGCGCUCCUCAAUGACUAUUUUAUUCUUAUUUGAUGUGAAUACAUAUUAUGCCAAAUCUUCUAGAGGUUUUGUGGCUGCCACAAGAUAUGAGAUAUGAUAAUUGAGAUAUGAGAUAUGAAAUUUGAUAAUUGAGAUAUGAGGCAUGAGAUAUGAUGUGUGAGAUAUGACAUAUGACAUAUGAGAUAUAAGAUAUAGGAUAUGAGAUAUGAAAUAUGUGAUAUGAGGUACAAGGUAUGAUACAUGAUAUAUGAUAUAUAGGAUAUGAAGUAUGAGAUAUGAGGUAUGAGAUAUGGAUAUGAGAUGUGUUUUAUUGUUGCUCAGUGUGUGUAGAAUGUGCCACCAGUGUGUCUCCACCAGUGUGUCUCCACCAGUGUGACCACCAGUGUGUCUCCACCAGUGUGUCUCCACCAGUGUGUCUCCACCAGUGUGACUCCACCAGUGUGUCUCCACCAGUGUGACUCCACCAGUGUGUCUCCACCAUGUGUCUCCACCAGUGUGUCUCCACCAGUGUGUCUCCACCAGUGUGUCUCCACCAGUGUGACUCCACCAGUGUGUCUCCACCAGUGUGACUCCACCAUGUGUCUCCACCAGUGUGACUCCACCAGUGUGUCUCCACCAGUGUGACUCCACCAUGUGUCGCCACCAGUGUGACUCCACCAGUGUGUCUCCACCAGUGUGUCUCCACCAGUGUGUCUCCACCAGUGUGACUCCACCAGUGUGUCUCCACCAGUGUGUCUCCACCAGUGUGUCUCCACCAUGUGUCUCCAC